GCCCGAUGUAGCAGGCGCAGACGCUUCGCCUGUCCCGCGCGCUAGUUCUCCGCGCUCGUGUGCGCAUGUGAGUGUGUGUAGUGGAUAUGUGUGUGAGUGUGGUGUACGUGCCUUCGUGAGAGUGUGCGUCAUGUGUAGGUGUGCGUGCGCGUGUGUGCGUGCGUUCACGCAUACAGCGGCAGUGUCGCCUGCUGCUGACGGUUACAAGUGAUACAGUGAAAUCAAGUGAAAUAAGAAAUAAGUGUGUGUGGGGGAGGCAAACGUGGUGCAAAUGAAGUGGAAGGUGCAUCAACAACACCCAGCCAUGGUGGAUUACAAGCUGGAUUACAAAUUCCGCGAGGAGCUGGUGGGCAAGCGGUUCGUCUCGUACAGUGGAUGCCACCCUACUCAAGAGGAUAUCUCCAAAUGGGGGUGGCGGUGCGGGUUUAUCCGCGCCACCAGCCACCUGGACAACAAGCACGAGGAGCUGCAGGUGCUGGUGGAGUACGACGACAUGAUCUGGCAGCGACGCGAGUGGAUCAGCGUGUACCAGGAGGGCAUGUUCCAAGUGUUCAUGGUGGAGCACACCCUGGUGUGGGGCAGCCGCCUGGACCCCAACGACUACCGGAACUCCACAUGCGUCGCCUGGCCGGCACUGACGUUCGUGCCCCUCGUGGAUAGGAUAGGCCUGGACGACACGAAGGCGAAGCCCAUCGAGUUCCUGGUGGACAGGGAGCUCUCCUUCAGAGUCUACUCCAGGCUAAAGCCGUUUCAUGAGUGGGACCCGGGCACGGACCCCGGGGGGAUGCUGGACCCAUUGCACGGCCCCACGGCGGCGCGCGACGUCUGCCGCGUGUACAGUGUGGUGGGCAUGUGCGUGCGCCGCUGGGAGGAGGUCCAGGACGGCUACCGCAUCCUGCUCAACACGCCCUCCGUGCUGGUGGGCUACCGCGUCGAGGUGUACCGCUCCGAAGGCACGACGCAGUGGUACACCGCCGUCAUCGUGGGCUACGACGAGAACAGUGGGGAGAUCACUGUAACGGACGACACCGUCCUGGAGGAGCACACCGAGCACCCCAAGCUCACACAAAUUCGCCUUAUAGGGGAUGUGGUGGACUCCAUCAUGCGCGGUGAGACGUUACAGAGACGGUCAUCGCGCCACCAGACGGCCCAGGCGCCGCCAUCGCCGCCGCCGCCGCCGCGGAUCCAACAGCUGCUGGCCCAGCAGCAGCAGGACGUGGGCGCGAGCACCAGCACGCCGACGAACAACCGGCGGAGAGGCAGCCGCACCUCCACCAGCACGACGGGCAGCGCGUCGAGCAGCGCGUCCACGACGCCAGGCGCCGCCAGCACCGCGUGCACCACCACGGCGACGACCACCAUCACGACGGCGGCAGCGUCGUCCCCAGCAUCGACCAUCCCCUCAUCGCCGACCUCUGAACCGGCCAAGACAGCGUCGCCGACGUCUUCAUCACCUCCUCCAGCGUUACCGCCGCUCGUCGCCGACACCGCCGCGGAGGAGUCGCCGCCCGGACCCAGUUCGCUCCCGGACGACGAUCCAGGUCGCAAGGCGCGCUCCCGGAAGGGCAGUGACUCCGAGUACGUCCCCAGCACCGGCAGCACUAGCCGCAAGCGGCCGCCCGCUCGGUCGCCACGGUCGCGCAGGCACGCGGCCGUCGCCGCCACCAGCAACAAGCCCUCCGACGAGGAGACCGAGCUUCCAUCCGACGACGAACCCUCGGACCGGGAGUGGUGCGCCACCCCCAAGCAGCUAGCGUCGCCAGAACGGAUACCGACGUCGCCCUUGCCCACCGAGCCCUUCCCGACCGUCGAGGCGAAGAAGGACAAGGAGGACAAGGAGAACGAGGCCGAGGAGGACAAGCAGGACGUCAAGAAAGAGGACGGUGACGACACCGACGAGGAGCUAGACAAGGAACAAAAGAAGAAGAAAAAGAAGAGUAAAAAGAAAAAGAGCAGGAAAGAGGGAGGACGCAAAGCCAAGCGAAGCAGGAGCAGAAGUAGGCCCGAGGAAGCACCUUCCGUCGAGAAGGCCGAGGAAGCCGUCGUCAAGGAGGAGAAGCCUGCGAAGCCUGCGUCCCCGACAGCGCCUCAGCCAGAGGCUGCCGUCCAGGCCGCCGUCCAGGACACCAAGUCCCCCGUCGCGCCCGAAAGGUCGUCCCCUCGGCCGGAGGAAGCCGUGAAAGCAACGCCCGUCGCGGCGGAGCCAGUCAAGGCCCUCCAGGAAGCGAAGCCGGUGCCGUCGCCGAAACACGACGACGCCGCCAAGCCGCCGGCCGACACUGCCAAACCCGAAGCAGCCGCAGGCAAGCCGCCGGCGUCGACCAAGCCGUCGACACCGCCGGACCUGCAGCCGCAGCGCGUGGACGCGGAGGACGACGUGGACGAUGAGCCGGUGAGACCGUCGCGGUGCCCCAGCGAGGAUGACAGUCACAGUGCGCACAGUCUGCACAGCGCAGCCAGGAUGGAGCCCAACCUGGCCGCCAACCUCAGGGACCUCAAGGAAGCCCUCCGGGACGACCGGUCCGACUCGGGCCUUUUGGCCGAAGGUUGUUUGAAGUUCUGGGAAACUGGGCGUCUCGGCCUCCUGUCGUCCUAG